GGAAGUGAUUAGAUAAUUGUACCCUGUGGUCUUUUACAGUCAUUUGCCAUUGACGUGCACUGCCUGAGCGCUCCAGUCGAACGUGCCAAGAGCGGCUAUUCCCGAGGUUGAGCCGCCCUGGUCGCAUCACAGCUCAACCUCACCACCAUUGAAGCCACCGGCAAACUACGCCACGAACCCAGAACCCGCCAGGCAACACCUCGAGACCUUCAAUAUGGCGGGCCACAAUCAUGGCAUCCUCCAUCAGGAUCCCGCGCUCAUCAAAUGGAACAACAUGACCACCAACCGCCACAAGUACUUCCGCUGGACGAAGCGGACAGCGUGGAUCUCAUUCGCAUACGUUAUCCUGGCUCCAGCUCUGUUGGGCACAGCAGGAUAUAUGACCGAGGGCAAGUGGGAGUUUCGCGGUAAGAGGAGGGGCGAUACACUGUCUGAGUUUUAGAUGCGAGGUUUAGGACGUGGGAUACCACAGCGUACUGUCUAUAAUAAUGGCAUCGAGAAUGAACAGC